AUGUGUACAUCCGCAGAUGUAAAGGAUGCUGCCUCUCGGCUUGCGGAAUUCGCCGAUGAAGCGGCCAGAUUCUUUCACCAACUUGAUCCCUCCAAAAAGGACAUUACAAAACGACCAGAACAGUUGGAAAGCUUGUCAAGAUUAGCAAGCGAUUUUAAACUAGCCCCAUCAACCGACAUAAGCGACACCGAGAAGCAGCUCGAAUUCACAACGCAAAUCUUGCUUCACUGCUCUGAGAUCAUAAGAGACAUUCUGACCGAGCUUAACUGGCGUGAACCCACUUUGGUCAAGCCGGAGUCGUUAACAGUAUAUGAAAUCAUCAAUAGAAAGAGAGGUAGAGACCUUUUCGAAGAACUGGAACGAGAGCAGUUAUGUCUUGCGGCUUUCCGAAACGCAGAAUUUAAAUCACUGUCCUGUGUCCCCAACGCUUUACAUCAACCAGAGUAUUCAAACUCUUUUGAACAACGCGAGAAAGAGCUUUUGCAUUAUUUGUUUGUCACCGAUCCACGACAAGAUCUUGCAUCCCUCGAAGCAGCAAAGGGCCGUGUUCUCGAAGGAACAUGUACCUGGAUCACUGAGAUUCCCGAUUUCCGUUAUUGGCUUUUACCUCCCAGCAAAUGCAAGGGUAUUUUCAUCCAAGGAAGUCAAGGUACAGGAAAAACCAUGUUGGCCAGUUACAUCGCCGGUCAACUCGAACGAUUAUCCGAACACACGCCUGACAAUACCGUGCUAUACUUCUUUUGCAGCCAGGGCAACAUCUACAAGAACUCCGCUACGGCUGUUCUCCGUGGACUCAUAUGGCAACUGUGCAAAUUGAGACCGCAGCUCAUACGACAUGGGCUCGAACCUCUUCGAGCUCACGGUAGCGACCGAAUAGCUUUAGCAAAAAAUGUGGUCGGGACACUUUGGCAAAUAUUUGUCGCCAUGAUUCGAGAUCCACUCGCAGGAAGUAUCACUUGUAUCCUCGAUGGAAUCGACGAGUGCGAUGUGGGAUCGAUCAAGAGCUUAAUUGAGCGGUUAUCUGAACUAAUAACCCCGCCACAAUGUCCUCAAAACUUUCGACUCCUCAUGACAUGUCUCGCGGUACCUCCCCAGAUGAAGCACAAGGAUACUAUUUCGAUCUUCUCUCUCGAUUCAGGGCUACGAGAGAGCAAUGCUCGAGAUGUUCAGCUCUACAUAAAGACCAACGUCGAGAAGAUCGCACAAGACAAUGGGUGGUCUUUGCAACUCCACGAUCAAGUAGCAACAACUCUCGCAUCACGAUCCAACCAGUCGUUUCAUUGGGCAAGCUUGGUGCUUUCUGACCUCCGAUACAAAUCUCAACUUCAGAUACCAUUACACAUCAGGUGUCUGAGUAAUAGUUUUGAGACUACUUACGGCAACAUUCUGCAGGAGAUCCCAGUCGAACACAGAGAAAGGAUGCGAUUAUUUCUCAGUUGGUUAUUGCUUGUACAUCAUCCUCUGACUAUUGAAGAGCUAAAUGCCUUAAUGGGAGGCCAUAGUUCUGACUCAGAGGCCAGCAUUGAAGAUCUAAAGGCCUAUUUAAAGAUUUGCAGAUCCCUUCUCGUUAUCAGACCAGAGAUAAGAAAGUCUGGCUUGGAAUAUGAGACAGUGCAGACUGUCCAAUUAUCUCAACGCUCGGUUCGAGACUAUUUUCAUCGAUACAUGACAGCUGAGAGGGCUGGCCCGGGAUUCUUUCAGAUAAUUUCCGAUAAAGACCAUGAGUCUAUUGCAUCGCGGUGUUUGGACCUGAUGGAAGAGUUACUUCCAGCGUGGUCCGAGGGUAAAACAGACGAGAGGUUCGGUUUAGUGAUUCCUUAUGCAGCCCGAUACUGGUUUCGCCAUCUCAGAGAGUGCCCUCAGUUACUUGAGGAUGACAAACUAGCAACAAAAGCUAUGUCAUUCCUGACUCAGGACAGCGUCAACCGAGGAUUGUGGUUCACAUACCUUUCCAAGUUCAGAGAUGCACAAGAGUAUAUCAAAGACCAAUGGACUGCAAGAAAGCAUGGUCAACAUUUUCCUACCAUCAACGGACUUGGAGAAAUCACCGAUGUUAUUAUUGUCGAGCAACCAAAGGAUCUUACUUCAGCAGACAAGCUCAGCGCUUUGCAACUAGCUUCACUGCUUGGUAUAAUGUCAGUUGUUCGAAAGAUCAUCGAUACCACAAGUCUGGCAAGAUAUCUGCGGCAGACCAAUAUUCGAUCUUCACUAUACAGCUUCUCCCUCUCGCAGCCCAGAAGCGAGGUUCGCAUACUGAAAACCCGGGAAGGGCAACCACUGUUAGCCACCGCGGAACUUGUGGCAAUGACUCCUCUCGAACUAGCUGUCCUCGAGGGACACAAGAAGGUUGUGUCUCUUUUGUUGGAACGCCAUCCACACUCGAGCAUGCGACCAGAUUCGACUUUUGCUCUGGAGACGGCUAUCAGUCGAUGUGACAAGGAAAUGGUCAAGCUUCUGAUUAGUGCUGGAGCCCCAAAAUUGAGAGCUUCCAGGAAUGCAAAUGGACCUGUCGGUAAUGCAGUCACCAACAAUCGCUUAGACAUGGUGGAGUUUCUUUGCAAAUCUGAUAAGGAUAUCUGGGUACGGAAAGAUUCGAAACAGGAUGAGAUUACACAGGCUUUAUUAAAUCUUGCCAACGAUGCGACACCAUCUCCUCAUGAUGAACCUAGGUUUGAGGACUACGCAAGAAUUCUGAUUCACGGAGGUGCUUCGCCAAAUGGUACUGUCUCAUACCAUGAAGGUCACAGUUUAAGGCAUUUGAAAUAUGGACUCCUACAGUUGCUACACAGUCGAGGAAUCACUCUUCAAGCCCUUGGACCAUUUCCAGACGAACAAACACCCCUGAUGCUCGUCAUCUCAUCAAUGCACUUGAACUGCCCUGGAGUUGACCCAACAGAAAUCGUACAAUUUCUUUUAGAUUCAGGCGCCUCCAUCAACCAAACAGACCGAAAAGGGUGGAGCGCUUUGCAUCACGUCGCUAACCAGAUUGCGCUGGGGAGGGCAAAGAAGGCAUGGGAGGAUAUGGAAGAUGAUGAGGAGCACAAGUUAUAUGGUAUUGCUGGCCUCUUAAUCGAAGCUGGUAUUAACCAGGAUCUAGAGGAUAAGGAAAAGCGCAAGGCCACUGACAUUCUUGAGGUUGUGGGUGCUCCGGUGUGGAAACAGGACAUGUCAUGGUACAGACGUUUUAUGGGAAGUGAACCUAUAAGGAGGAUGUCUCUUGAAUAG